UUUAUUUCUCACAUUUAACAAAAUAGCAUUUGUAAUCGAAUGUAUUCACACUCACUGGUGUCCUUGUUAUUACAGUGAAACUGAUAGGGUCAAUCUUGUCAUCUAGAUACUUUUUUUGUCGCACAUUUAGUUCACUGGUGUUGCCAUGGUGAUUUGUGUCGACUAAACAAAAGGCGAGUGAAGAAGGUGACCUUUGAAUAAUGAUAGUUGCACCUGUUUUGUGGUAGGUUCUCAUAUUAUUAGGAAUAUUUAAUCGCCAAAGCAACAAAAUCAUUAUCUUGUUCAACUUUUAUGCCUACUAUAGAUACACCAGACCUAGAAGAGGCAUGUAUAAAGUGGAUUUGCCGGUGGACAACUCCGCGGAUGUGGCAGUGGAACGCCGACGGGCCGCAGAGGCUGCGCGCCAGGCUCGCAUUUUCAACACCAGACACCGAGUGAUGGGUCUGGAUCUCAAAGCACUGGAGCAACAGGUGGCGGAGAACAAAGAACGGGAGGAGAUGGCGGGUCAGCGAGAGAGGGCUUUCGACAUGUUGAGAGUGACUCAAGAUGAAGUGUUGAUGAAACAGCAGCAGGAGGAAGAGGAGAGGAGAGCAGAGUUAAACAGAGACCUCAUCCAGUACCGGGCCAUCCGACAGCGGGCAGAAGACACCCGGGAUGCUGAUCUCAAUGUUCACCGGCAGGGGGCGCUCGGGUUGUCCAUUCCCAUCCCAGAGUCUGAGCUGGGACCUGCCAGUAUGCAAGUGUUCCAGGGAGAAGGCAUUGGGGACAAUGACAAGAGGAGAGCUCAGAUGGAGCAGACAGAGAGAGCACUACGAGCACAGAGAGAACAGAGUGAGAAACUGCAGAAGGAGAAUAAACUCAAAGAGCUACUGAAAGGCAAGGAGCUGGUACAGCAGGACCUGAGGGCUGUUCAGUUAGACGCUCUGGAAGAGGAGUGUAAGAGGGCUGGCCGCAUCGCUCUCAACAACUACAACCAUGCUCAGGCUGCGGAGUGUGUUGAGAAAGAGAGGAAGGAGCGCAUGAGGAAGGAAGGCAAGGAGAUGGCGGAGGUGUGGCACAUGGUGACAUCAGACAUGCUAACGGAAUGUCCCAAGGCUGCAGAGAGACAAGUAGACGGAGGCCCAGUGGGCGGGCCCAGGGUGCUGACGGACAGGUGGAGGGGGAUGAGCCCCGUUCAGCUGAGCGCUAUCCGCAGGCAGAGAGAGGAACAGCGCCUAGAGGGAAAGAGGCUGAGGGAGAUUGAGAGGCAGAGAGACGCUGCCUGGGACUUCCAGCGCAUGGUGCAGACCCGAGAGGAUGACGAGGAGGAGAGGAAAGCGAUGGAGCUGAAGAAGGAGAAGAGGAUGGAGAUGGACCGAUACAAUGAACAGCUGGCCAGAGACCAGCGCGAACAUCAGCAGUUCCUGUCCAAGACGCUGUACACCAACAGACCCACGGCCCAGUACUUUACUCAGUUCAGCAGCAGCUCACGCUGAGAUGACCAACACAAACUCACCGCACAAUACUGGAUCUCAGAUUUAGACGAUGUGCACAACACAACAAGCAAAUAAAGUUGAUGAUAUACUCAUA